AUGAGAGAGAUAAGCGGGCAUAGAAAGAGAAAGUACAUUCCAGUUGACAUCGAAGAGGUAGAAGUCCGGUCCAAGUACUUUAAAAAGGAAAACGAUAAAACUGUUGAGUCACUACAGGACACCAAAAUUAUUGGAGAUUUGAGUAAUCAUGAGGUAAACAUCGACUGGAUCAAGGCGCUGAAGCCGAUAGAAUAUUUUGAAUGGAUCGAAUCGAGGACCUGUGAUAAUCCAAAGACUUGGGGACAGGCAAUUACUAAAGAGGAAAUGGUUAAUGAUUCUCGAGUGGAAAUUCCCAAAAAUUUCUUACCCAUAUAUAAUCGAGUAAGAUUAAUGAGAUCGAAAGUCAACACGCCGGUAGAUGCCAUGGGGUGCAGCAUGAUACCUGUUUUGGUCUCUAAUAAAUGCGGCAUACCCAGCGAAAAAGUUGAUCCAAAGAACUUCAGGCUUCAAUUUCUUAUUGGCACUAUGCUUUCUGCUCAAACUAGGGACGAACGGAUGGCGCAAGCCGCAUUAAAUAUCACAGAAUACUGCCUAGACACCUUGAAGAUUCCUGAAGGCAUUACUCUAGAUGGGUUGCUCAAAAUCAACGAGUCUACCCUAGUAGAUUUAAUUCGAUGCGUUAGUUUUUAUACUAGGAAGGCCAAUUUUAUCAAGAGAACAGCCCAAUUACUGGUAGACAACUUUAAUUCUGAUAUACCGUACGAUAUCGAAGGAGUUCUAUCGUUGCCUGGAGUUGGACCUAAGAUGGGCUAUUUAACGCUGCAAAAAGGCUGGGGGUUGAUUGCUGGUAUAUGCGUCGAUGUGCACGUUCAUAGACUAUGUAAAAUGUGGAAUUGGGUAGACCCUAUCAAUUGCAAAACCGCCGAACAUACUAGAAGAGAACUACAGACUUGGCUGCCUCAUUCACUGUGGUAUGAAAUAAAUACUGUUUUAGUCGGUUUUGGUCAAUUAAUCUGCAUGGCGAGGGGUAAGAGAUGUGACCUCUGUUUAGCGAAUGAUGUAUGUAAUGCUCGCAAUCUGAAGCUAAUUAAAUCAUCCAAAUUUCAUCAACUGAAGGAUGAAGAAGACAUGGAAAAAGUAUACUCGCACUGGUUAGACACGCUUACAGAUGGAAUUACAGCACAAAGACACAAGAGGAAGUAA